AUGUCGCUAGCUUCAAUUUCUUCCGCAUUCUCCUCAUUCUCAAUUUCAUUACCUUCCUCGCGUUCUACUACUUCACUUUCAUUCUCAACUUCUAUUUCCAAGAAUCCCUCUUCUCAAUUCCUCAAAUUUCAACAACAACACGAUAGGCCCAAACGAAGAGUGGUUGUCAUGAGUUUGGACGCAGGCGUUGGAGUCAUGGGCACCAAACUCGGAAUGAUGACUUUUUUCGAAUCUACCGGAGAAGUUGUUCCCGUCACCAUCGUCGGUUUCAAAGAAGGCAACAUUGUCACCCAGAUCAAAACCGAGGCCACUGACGGUUACAACGCUGUCCAAGUCGGUUACCGUAGGGUUAGGGACAGGAAAUUGAACACAGCAGAAAUGGGUCAUCUUAAAAAGGCUGGAGCCAUUCCGUUGCGCCAUCUUCAGGAGUUCCGUCUUCAAACUGUUGACGGCUUUCAACCUAAUCAGCGCCUUGUCUUUGAUGAACUUUUCAAAGAGGGUGAUCUUGUUGAUAUCUCUGGCACCACCAUUGGCAAGGGUUUCCAAGGUGGAAUCAAGCGUCAUAACUUUAAGAGGGGUCAAAUGAGCCAUGGUUCCAAGAGUCAUAGACAGCUGGGUUCAAUUGGUGCCGGAACUACACCUGGUCGAGUAUACAAGGGAAAAAAGAUGCCUGGGAGGAUGGGUGGAUCCAAGACCAAGAUCAGAAAGCUUAAGAUUGUUAAAAUUGAUAAAGAGCUUAAUGUUAUCAUGAUCAAAGGUGCUCUGCCUGGUAAGCCUGGGAAUCUAAUUCGGAUAGCUCCGGCUAAGAUUGUUGGCAAGAACAUUCCCAAGAAUUAG